GCUUUACUUGCCUCGAUCUGGUCAUCCCCUUCCUCGGUGAGAUCUAGUUUCAGUGGUGGGUGGAGGUGGGUGCCGAUCCAGCCCCCGUCCUCGGAGGAGGAGUGGUCGAGGAUUGGAUCGGGGAGAUCUCUGCCGGUUGCAAGGCGUGAGGCGAUGGGUGCCAAAGGUUGGAGCCAAAAAUGGGGCACUGGGAACAACAGGGAGGAGGCUCGCGAUCCGCCGCAGUGGAGUAGAAACAGGAAUCUGAGCUGGAGAUUGAGGCCUCCCCCCUGGAAAGACGAUCCCCAAAAAGGAUGUAGCCGACUCUUCUUCCACUGGCGAAAUGAUCGUGCAAGGUAACCCUAAUUUCUCCCUUCAUUCUUCUGGGUCUGAGAAUGAAAUGGGGAGGAGAUUUUUCUGCCAGAAGUGUGGGGAAGAAGGUCAUCACGCAAGGGAUUGCUGCAAGUCUCUUUGGUGUGAGAUCUGUCGCAAGGACACCCAUGUGAUGGCUAAAUGUGUUUGGCCGCGACAGAUUAAGCCCAUGAUGCCGAUUGUGGGCAUGGCUGCAGAUGGGCUAGGGUUCUUCUCAUCCCAGUAUGCUAAACCCAGUCUCAGGAAACCUAAUCUAUCUUGCUUGGGGUUGGUUAAGAUUCUGGAAGGGUUUGUGUCUGCCUCUGAGCUUGAAAAGGAUUUUAGCUUUCACUUUCCUUGGGGAAGAACUUGGAAGGCAGAGAAAUGUCCAGCUGGUUAUGUGAUGCAUUUUCCGUCUCAAGAUAAGCUAGAUGAGCUGAGUCAGUUUAUAGAGGUCAAAAUGAAGAUGUCCGGAGCUAAAAUCAUGGUGCUGCCCUGGAACUGUCAGGCUAAUGCGAAAGCAAGGCUGCAUACUGUUUGGAUGAGUGCGGAGAAUGUGCUAGAUGAGUUAAGACACUACCAGGCUAUCUGCGAGCUGGGAUCGAUCUUGGGGGCUGUUGAGGAAGUGGAUUUAAAAUCUCUGGAGAUGUCAGAGUCGGUCAAGUUUAAGGUUCAUGUUAAGAGCAUUAACAUGAUUCCAAAAAUAGUGGAAGUUGGUGUCAAGCCUUUUCUGUUUGAUGUGUAUUUUAAAGUGGAUUCAAUUGUGGAAGAAGGGUGGAAUGAGGAGAAUUCGAAUCUUGGUAAGAGAGUGAAAUCCAAUACAUGUGUUUCUGAAGGAUCUAUGUCUAAAUCGACAGGGAAAAAAGCUAGAAAGGAGUCUGUGGACGGCAAGGAGAAGAAUGAGGUUGCUUCUUCGGCUGGCAAAGGUCACUCUAGAAAAACUGCUACUGUUACUGAGAGUGAAGGUCAAAAGAUAACCCACAAAGGGGACAAAACACUGCAGCACAAUGAAGAGGACAGUGGAGGUCAGGUUAACUUGGAGCUCAGUGAGGAGGAUCUCCUUAGCUCUCAGGAAUUGGCUGAGUUAGCUAAAAGUGUGGGUGUCAAUCUGCAGUGCUCACAAGAAAGUGGGAAUGAAAAUUGCAAAGCUGAGAACACUGGUGAUGGGGUGGUUGCUCAGAGAGAUAAAAAAGGCAAAGCUAAAAUGGCAGAGGGGUUUGAGGGGCUGAGGAGGAGCCCAAGACUUGAAGCUGAUGAUGAUUUGAACAUUACUGAGAAAGCUAUCAACAGAGCUGAAGCUAAAGACACCUUCAUACAUAAAGAGCGAGACAGCAAGAGAGAUGCUGCUGGAAGGAAGCUUGCGAAUUCGAAGGACGGUAAAUGAGUUCUUUGCGCGCGCGAAAGGAUGGGCUCCUGUGUCCAGAAGGAUCGUGGGUUGACAAAAAGUCUUUGGCCCUGUCUUGCUUAUUGAUGUGUGGUUGCAGUUUGGUAGUUCUCUGCUGGCUCUUGGCUGCUGGUUUGUAAUAUAUCGUUAUGUUAGCUGAUGAAUGGUCGGCUUUUGAUACUUUCCAUCGUUAGGUCUUUAUCUCGUGUGUGAGUUUCGCUAAGUCGAACUCAAUAAAAUCGCUAGUGACUUCACAGUCUGUAGUAAGGCUGUCCAGUAGUUGAUCGUCGGUUAGGCGUUUGAGGUCUAUGGUACCUUAAGUUCGCCGCCUGGAUGUAAUUGCACUCGUUUUGUUAUGUUUCCUAUUUCUUAAUGAAAUAGGGGGGUUCUUCCCCUUUCUGU